AGGUAAUAUAGUCCACGUGAAAAACAUCAAAGAUGGCGGUUCACGAAUCGCUCCAUCUUCAUGUGACCUCUGACAAAUUUUACAUUCAACCUGUGGAUUCUGGGAUAGAUGAAUUAUUGGUACUUGACAGAGUGUCUCAAGAAAUUAGUCUUCAGGCAAACAAAGGGCAGCUUCCAUCGUCCAGUAUAACCAAACCUAUCUAUGGCAUAUUUGGAAUUGUAAGGCUCAUAGCAGGACCUUACCUCAUUGUUAUCACAAAAAGAGAGAAGAUUGGCGAGAUAAAUGGUCACACAGUGUGGAAGGUGACGGGCACUGAGGUGUUAUCCUUCAAAAGGACACUGCUGCAUCUAACAGAACAACAGAAUGUACACAACAAGUCCUAUCUGAACAUGCUGGAGUACGCUCUGAGGAUGGAGAGCUAUUACUACUGCACCAACUUUGAUCUGACCCACAGUCUCCAGAGACUGUAUAACACAAGUCCCGACUUCCACGCCAUGUCACUAGUAGAAAGGGCUGAUCCCAGAUUUAUGUGGAAUGGACACCUGUUACGAGAAUUCUCUCAGCUAUCAGAAAUGGGACGCUAUUGUUUACCUAUAGUGCAUGGCUUCAUAGAAUGUCAGUCAUGUAGCAUCAACAAUAAGACGUUUGACUACAUUCUGGUGUCUAGACGUUCCGUAUACAGAGCAGGCACUCGGUUUUAUGUACGAGGAAUCGACACAGAAGGACAGGUGGCCAACUUUGUGGAAACAGAACAGAUCAUACAGUACGAAGGAAACAAGUGUUCAUAUGUCCAGAUCCGAGGUUCCAUUCCACUGUUUUGGACACAGAGACCUAAUCUGCAAUAUAAACCCAAGUUCAAACUAAACACAUCUAGUCAUAUAGAGGUCUUCCAAAGACAUUUUGACGAUUUAAUUUAUAACUAUGGAGACCAAGUCUUAAUAAAUUUGGUAAACCACACUGGUGGAGAAGGACAGCUGGAGAAGGCCUUCUCUCAGUCCGUCACAAACACACAAAACCCCAAAAUCAGGUAUGAGUAUUUUGACUUUCACCAUGAGUGUCGAAAAAUGAGAUGGGACCGACUGUCCAUUUUAACAGACAGACUUGGAGAGGACAUUAAAAGAUUUGGAUAUUUUGCUCUGUCGAAGGAUGGGACUUGUUUAAGUCAGCAGGAGGGAGUAUUCAGGACAAAUUGUAUAGACUGUCUGGAUCGUACUAAUGUAGUCCAGGGUUUACUUGCCAGGAUCAUCCUAGAAAAACAGCUAACACGUCUGGGUGUUCUUGAGGCCAGUCAGAGAAUAACAGACAUGAAAACUUUCAUAACAAAAUUCAACAACAUUUGGGCAGACAAUGCAGAUGCAGUAUCUAAGCAGUAUGCAGGCACUGGUGCUUUGAAAACAGAUUUCACUAGGCAAGGAAAGAGAACCAAAAUGGGACUUCUCAUGGAUGGGUGGAAUUCUUUAAUCAGAUAUUUUAAGAAUAACUUUGGAGAUGGAUUUCGUCAGGUUUGUUUUUUUGCUGUAAAACAUGCUUGUCUUCUGUAGAUCAAGGUCACAUCA